AUGGCGGCGCGCGCGUCGAGCGCGGCGACGCCGGCGCCGCGCGCGGCGGCUCCGCGCCCCCAGCAUCGCGCCUCCUCCUCCUCCUCCUCCUCGCGCGUCCGCCAGCGCGCGUCCGCGUCCGCGUCGGCGUCGUCGCCGUCGCCGCCGUCCGCGUCCAUCGAUUCCGAAACCAUCGCCGCGGUCGCCACGCCGGUCGUGCCCCAAGCCGGCGGCGUCGCCAUCCUGCGCCUCUCCGGCGACAACGCGCUCGCGGCGACGUCGCGCAUCUUCCGCCCCGCGUCCUCGCGCGCGUCCCUGCGGCGCGGCGAGUGCGUCUCGCACCUCGCGCUGUACGGCGACGUCGUGGAUCCGGCGUCGGGAGAGAUUGUCGACGAGGCGCUCGUGCUUCCCAUGCUGGCGCCGCGGAGCUACACGACCGAGGACGUCGUGGAGAUUCACUGCCACGGCGGGAGCGUCUGCGUGCAGAGGGUGUUAGCGCUGCUCGUGAACGCCGGCGGCGACAGGAGCGGGAGCGGGACCGGCGGGGCCCGCGGGACCGACGAAGAAGACGCGAAAGAUGCCGCCAUCCCGGCGGUGCGCCUCGCGCGCGCGGGCGAGUUCACGCUCCGCGCGUUCCUCAACGGCCGCAUCGACCUGACGCAGGCGGAGGCGGUGCAGUCGCUCGUCUCCGCGAAGACUACUGUCGCGGCGUCCUCCGCGCUCGCGUCGCUGAGAGGCGGCCUCGCGACCCCCGUCAAGGACGCGCGACGCGUCUGCGUCGACCUCCUCGCCGAACUCGAAGCGCGGCUCGACUUCGACGACGAGAUGGACCCGCUGGACGAGGACGGCGUCGCGACGAGCGUGGAACGCGCGGAGGCGAAGAUACGCGAGGUUCUCGCGACCGCGCGGCGCGGCGCGCUGCUCGACGCCGGCGUCGUCGUCGCCAUCGUGGGCCGCCCGAACGCCGGGAAGAGCAGUCUGCUCAACGCGUGGACGCGAAGCGAACGCGCCAUCGUGACGCCCAUCGCGGGGACGACGCGAGACGUCGUCGAGGCGUCGAUCAACGUGCGCGGCGUCCCGGUCACGCUGCUGGACACCGCGGGGAUACGAUUCGGGGUUGGGAUCGACGAGGUGGAGGCGAUGGGCGUGGAGCGGAGCCGGGCGGCGUUGGCGGGCGCGGACGUCGUCGUCUUCGUCGUCGACGCGAGCGAAGGGUGGACGGACGGCGACGACGACAUCUUGCGAGGGAUCACGGGGGAGCGCGUCGUCAUCGGCGACGGCGACGGCGACGACGACGACGACGAAGACGAAGACGCGGGCGAGGUGAAGGACGGCGCGUUCGCGUCGACGGUGACGCUCUCCGCGACGAGAGGCGACGGCGUCGACGAUCUCGAGCGCGCGCUCGCGGAGGUGAUCGGCGGCGGGGACGUCGACGUGGAGGGCGCGGCGUGGGUGGCGAAUCAGAGGCAAGCGGAGGCGCUGACGACCGCGCUGGACGCGCUGAGCCGGUUGAAGGACACGAUCGCGGAGGGGCUGCCCGUGGAUUUUUGGACGAUCGACCUGAGAGAAGCCGCGUUGGCGCUGGGGGAGGUCACGGGCGAGGACGUCGCCGAGGACGUCCUCGACGUGAUCUUCACGAAGUUUUGCAUCGGGAAGUGA